CACACUCACACUCACACUCACACACUCACACUCACCUCGUCGCCUUCCUCUACUGUGCCGUGCAGUCCUGUCCCAGCCUCAGCUGCUGCCCAUCCGAACCAUCAAAUAGAUCACCUUCUGUAUCCGGGUCCCCGAAACCCAUUUGCAAUUGCAAUUGCAGUUGCGGUGCCCAACCGAACAUCGCAUGGACACACACCUCUCUGCCUCUUUAAAGCCCUUGCAUCGCGAGUGUCUCUGCAUUUGAGAGCAGACGCCCCAAUUUGAACAAACAGCAACAUGGGCUCGACGUCACCCCUUGCUCCGACGCGAAUUGCGAUCCUGGGAAAGGAAGACAUUGUUGUUGACUUCGACAUUUGGCGGAGCUUUGUCGUCGAGGAUCUGCUCUCCAACCUUCCCUCCUCUACCUACAUCCUCAUUACCGAUACAAACCUCUCACCGCUCUAUGUACCGGCAUUCAAGCAAGCGUUCGAGGAUUAUGUAUCGACAUCGAAUGCGCCCCCACGACUUCUCACAUACAAGAUCCCUCCCGGAGAAACUUCCAAAGGUCGAGAAACUAAAGCUGAGAUUGAAGAUUGGAUGCUGUCAGAACAAUGCACGAGGGACACGGUCAUCAUCGCUCUCGGGGGAGGUGUCAUUGGAGAUAUGAUUGGAUACGUCGCUGCAACAUUCAUGAGAGGUGUGCGCUUUGUACAGGUGCCCACUACACUUCUCGCCAUGGUCGACUCAUCCAUUGGAGGCAAGACUGCAAUCGACACUCCGCUAGGCAAAAACCUCAUCGGCGCCUUCUGGCAACCUCAGAGGAUCUACAUUGAUCUGAGAUUCCUUGAAACCUUACCCGUUCGUGAAUUUGUGAAUGGCAUGGCAGAAGUGAUAAAGACAGCAGCGAUCUGGGACGAGGUUGAAUUUGCCGCUUUGGAGGAUAAUGCAAUCCUGCUAAUGGAAACAAUCCGAGAUAAAGCGUCCGACCCUUUCAGCAGAUUGGACCCUAUCAGAGAUAUCCUGAAGAGGAUUGUCCUGGGAUCGGCAAGAAUAAAAGCCGGCGUAGUGUCAGCAGAUGAGCGGGAAGGGGGUCUUAGGAAUCUUCUCAACUUCGGCCAUUCUAUUGGACAUGCUUAUGAGGCAAUUCUCACACCUCAGGUCUUACACGGCGAGGCAGUUGCAAUCGGAAUGGUUAAAGAAGCAGAGCUGGCCCGUCAUCUUGGGAUCUUGAAACCUGGUGCUGUAGCACGUCUCAUCAAAUGCAUCUCAAGCUAUGGGCUUCCAACGUCACUGCAAGACAAACGUAUCCAGAAGAUUACAGCUGGGAAGCUCUGCCCAGUAGAUAUCCUUCUCCAGAAAAUGGGGGUGGACAAGAAGAAUGACGGCAACAAGAAGAAAAUUGUCCUUCUCUCGGCAAUUGGAAAGACACACGAACCGAGAGCCACCGUAGUAGAAGAUAGAACUAUCGGAAUAGUCCUUUCGGAUGCAAUCGAGGUUACUCCAGCGAUCCCAAAGGACUUGAAAACCGAGGUUACCCCUCCAGGGUCGAAAAGCAUUUCAAAUCGUGCUCUUGUAUUGGCGGCGCUCGGCACUGGAACUUGUCGUAUCAAAAAUUUGCUUCACUCGGAUGAUACCGAAUUUAUGCUUACUGCAAUCUCAAAGCUUGGAGGUGCCACCUAUGGAUGGGAAGAUGCUGGCGAAGUUUUGGUUGUGAAGGGAAAAGGUGGUGACCUGCGAGCUAGUUCAACAGAACUCUAUAUCGGCAACGCUGGCACCGCCUCUAGAUUCUUGACGACGGUGUUGUCACUGUGUAAACCUUCCACUGUUUCAUCAACGAUCAUCACUGGAAACUCUCGCAUGAAGGCUAGACCAAUAGGCCCCCUUGUGGACUCUCUUCGGGCCAACGGCGUUGGAAUCAAAUACCUCGAGAAAAAACACAGUCUCCCACUGGAUGUAUCAGCUUCUGGUGGGUUUACAGGCGGCGAAAUCGAGCUUGCUGCCACUGUUUCUUCUCAAUAUGUGUCAUCGCUGCUGAUGUGCGCACCGUAUGCGAAAAAGCCAGUCACUUUGCGCCUUGUUGGAGGAAAGCCAAUUUCUCAGCCCUACAUUGACAUGACGACUGCGAUGAUGGCCACUUUUGGAAUCCAUGUGGUCCGAUCCAAGACCGAGGACCACACUUAUCACAUCCCGCACGGCGUGUAUCGGAAUCCAGCCGAAUAUAUCGUAGAGAGUGACGCUAGCUCCGCCACAUACCCUCUCGCAGUCGCAGCAAUUUCCGGAACCACUUGCACAAUACCAAACAUAGGUUCAAAGUCUUUGCAGGGAGACGCCCGCUUUGCUGUGGAAGUCCUAAAGCCAAUGGGCUGUACAGUCGUCCAAGAUGACUUUUCCACCACUGUGACCGGGCCUUCACCUGGGCAACUGAGUGCAAUAAACGAAGUUGACAUGGAACCGAUGACAGAUGCUUUCUUGACAGCGUCUGUGCUGGCUGCUGUAGCAAAAGGCACCACGCGGAUCAAGGGAAUAGCCAAUCAACGAGUAAAAGAAUGCAACCGAAUAGUUGCGAUGAAGGACCAGCUCGCAAAGUUCGGCGUGGUAUGUCGCGAGUUUGAUGAUGGAAUCGAAGUGGAUGGGAAGCCCGCCGCUAUGCUGGACCCCCCUCAGGAUGGAGUGUAUUGUUACGAUGAUCAUCGCGUAGCAAUGAGCUUCAGCGUACUCUCGGUUGCUGCCCCGUCUCCGGUGCUGGUCAGUGAACGGGAAUGUGUUGGGAAAACUUGGCCCGGAUGGUGGGAUAUUCUGGCUCUCUCGUUUCAUGUUCACCUGGCUGGACGAGAGAUAAAGGGUGGACACGCUACAAGCCAGAACUCCUCUGCUCUUUCUGACAACUCAUUAUUCAUUAUUGGCAUGCGCGGCGCGGGGAAGACAACGGCUGGAGGCUGGGCAGCAAGGCUUUUGGGCAGGCCUCAUUUGGAUCUCGAUGUUGAGCUUGAGCGAACUGUUGGCAUGACUAUACCAGAAUUUAUUCGAGCGAAUGGUUGGGAGAGAUUCAGAGAUACCGAACUUUCCCUGCUUAAGCGGGUGAUUACUGAAAAGCCGAAGGGAUACGUUUUUGCUUGUGGGGGCGGCGUCGUCGAGAUGCCAGAGGCCCGCCAACUUCUUUCCAACUAUCACAAGACUGGUGGCAUUGUCCUUCUCGUGCAUCGAGACACGGAGCAAGUAAUGGAGUACCUCCAAAUCGACAAAACUCGCCCGGCAUAUGUGGAAGACAUGAUGGGUGUAUACUUAAGGCGAAAGCCGUGGUUUCAAGAGUGCAGCAACUUCCAAUAUCACAGCAAGAGCGGGGAGACGGGGGCUCUUUCUGUGGCUCGCGACGACUUCGCAAGAUUUCUUUCUUUGAUCUCUGGACAGAGCACUCACUUCGAGGAAUUUCGAAAAAAGCAACACACAUUCUUUGUCUCUCUUACGAUGCCAGAUAUCUCUUCUGCCGCUGAGGUGCUUCCGCUUAUUGCCGUUGGCUCAGAUGCAGUGGAAGUUAGAGUUGAUCUUCUUGAGGAUCCGAACUCCAAGGAUGGAAUUCCGACCCUCGACUUUCUGAGUGUUCAAAUAGCACAUUUGAGGUCGAUUGUCUCACUGCCAUUGAUUUUCACCAUCCGAACAGUUAGUCAAGGUGGCCGGUUCCCCGAUAAUGCCCAGGAAGAAGCGCUUAAGCUUUACAAUGCUGCAGUAAGGAUGGGACUAGAAUAUAUCGAUCUGGAGGUUAUGUUGCCCGACGAGACUUUGCAAAGCGUUACGGAAGCCAAAGGUUUCUCAAAAAUCAUCGCCUCCCAUCAUGAUCCUCAUGGGCGUCUCUCGUGGAAGAACGGCGGCUGGAUUCAGUACUACAACAGAGCCCUCCAAUACGGUGACAUCAUCAAACUCGUUGGUUCUGCUAAGAGCAUGGAGGAUAACUUUGAUCUCGCAAAGUUCAAGUCCAACAUGGCUGCAGCUCAUGAUGUCCCUUUGAUUGCCAUCAACAUGGGCGUUCUCGGCAAGCUAAGCAGAGUCCUGAAUGGCUUUAUGACCCCAGUAUCGCAUCCAGCUCUGCCCUUCAAAGCUGCCCCCGGCCAACUUUCCGCAGCUGAGAUUCGUCAGGGAUUAUCACUGCUGGGCGAGAUACAACCAAAGUCUUUCUAUCUCUUCGGGACGCCGAUCUCUGCCUCGAGGUCCCCUGCCCUACACAACACUCUGUUUCGCCAAGCAGGGCUCCCUCACGAGUACUCGCGUCUCGAGACCGACCAAGCUGAGGAUGUGAAAGAGGUCAUCCGGUCUCCAGAUUUUGGAGGUGCAUCGGUCACGAUUCCCCUCAAGCUAGAUAUUAUCCCGCUUCUCGAUGAUAUUACAGAUGCUGCAAAGAUUAUUGGAGCUGUGAACACCAUCGUUCCAACAUCCGUUGAACCUGGCAAGCCCCCACGCCUCAUCGGGGAGAAUACAGACUGGCUCGGAAUGACCCACUCACUUGUGUCUGCUUCCUACUCUACCAUCUCCUCGGGCGCCCCAGGAAGUGCCCUCGUCAUUGGUGCAGGCGGCACGGCGCGAGCAGCCAUUUAUGCACUUCAAUCUCUUGCGCAUUCUCCUAUUUACAUCGUUUCCCGCACGCCCUCAAAACUCUCAGCCAUGAUCUCUACUUUCCCCGCAGAGUUCAACAUCAUCCCCUUGACUGAACUCUCUGCAGCGGAAAACGUCUCGGAGGUUCCGCGUGUUGCCAUUGGAACCAUCCCUGCCGACAAACCUAUCGAGCAAAACAUGCGUGAGAUUUUGGCAACGAUGUUGAGACACCCCAAAUCGAACACUGCCCAGCAGCGGACGUUGCUUGAGAUGGCCUACAAGCCGAGCCAAACCGCGUUGAUGCAGAUGGCCAAAGAUGCCGGCUGGGUCACCAUUCCGGGGUUGGAGGUCCUCAGUGCCCAGGGUUGGUAUCAGUUCCAGAAAUGGACGGGUAUCAAACCCCUGUACGAAGAUGCAAGAGCUGCUGUCCUGGGUGGUGGUGCUGGGUACUGGUCCCGCAAGAUCAUCUAA